AUGUCAGACUAUACUCCUUCGAUCAAAGCAUCUUUCACGGGUGAGGGCGCCUCCCAUGGUCCGAUCCCAUGUGACCGUGGCCCUGACUGUCGAGGAAACCAGUGGAUUGCACCCACCGAGACUCGUCGCAAAGUACGGAACAAGAACCCCAACUUACCCGACCGCACUGUCUGUUGCCCAUGUUACGAGUAUUAUUGCAACAAGUCUUCCUCGACAGUGUCUGCUCGCAAUGGAGCCACUUCGGCUCAGCCAACACCCAGCAUGCUCCAGGAUGCCGCCAUCAUUCGACGGCAAAACAUUGACGCUCGCGUGAACAAUAGUGCACCAAAGGCCAACGAUCAGCUCGUUGCCAUUGCUCCUGGAUUAAUGGGUCCUCCAGCUCGCAUUACUGUGCGUGGUCCGCACAUCUCGCUUCCAAAUAUGGGCGGCUUUGCGCUCCCUCUGCCGCCACCACAGCAGCCUGUGUACUCUAGUAAGGGAUAUUCCGCAAACCAUGCGCAGUAUUCUGCCGCUCGGGCGGGAUGGGCCCAUGCUGCGUAUGCUGGUGCUACCCCAGAGACGAUUUCUCUUAUCAUCGGAGUGCGGUAUGAGAUCCUGGGCAAGCCCAAGGGCGGAACGUUUGGGGCCAUCAGCGAGGGCGUUGUAGUAGAUGCUCGUGCUACACCACGAACAAUCAUCCAGACUGUGUUUGACAAUGUCUACGGAAAGCUCCGGGUGCAAAUCCUUCGAGACACCAAGAACGGGUUUGAGUUUGACACAACCACUUCACCUCAUGUUUCCUCAACGGAAGGAUCCACCGCUACUUUCGAUGCCGAACAAGUGGCCAGUGCAGUAACCUUGAUCCGCACCAGAUUUGGCUCAUCCGCGCUCUCCGAUCUUGCUCCUGGUAAUUCAUCAUCGUUGAUUGGCGGUCAUCUUGCUGGAGCGUCAUGGGGAACAAACCGAUUGAAGAAGGCGCUCAGCGAGGGAGGGUCAUUGAAAAAGGCGGGAAACGCUCCCUUGCACAUCUCUGAGCACAUCGAAUUUUAUCGCAUCCUCCCAGUUGAUCUUCAUGAUCUCCUCGAGAAUCCGAGCUUCUUCACCUGUGAUAUCAAAGCAGCUGAGUUUGUCGGCGCACAAUGCACGGCUGAAUCUCAACAUCGUGUCAACGGGCAACAUCUUGGGAAGUGUCCCAACCAGCAUGUGGCAGCAAAGCGGAUGUUCGAAUUGUGGAGUGAGGACAAGGAGCGUCUAAGGCGAUUUGCUCCGCAGCAGGAGUACAUCCAGACCAUCCGCGAGGCUAACAUCCUGGUCUGGGCCGUCUCCCUCCUUGAAUUUUGUUAUGCGUUCAUUGCAGACUUCAUCAAGAAGAACGGUAAGCCUCCGGCGGACUUGAAGAUGUUCAACAUUCGAUUUGUCGAAGCCGGGCUGGCUCUCAUUCACGACUCAAGUGCAGCUGGCCACAAUGUGAAGGACACUUCCUCGCUACGCCGCACAUUCCUGAUUGAGGAGUUGAUCAAGCCAACAAGAGAAAAUCAGGACGAGACGUUCAUCAAGUUUAUUCACAAUAAUCUUGCAGCACCGACUCCGACCAUCUGCUCCGACUCCCUGAACUAUGCUGUCGCCGAAUUCCUCUGCUUUACUCAACAUAUUCAGUACGAGAAGUCUGGGGGAAACGUCUUUCUGUCCGAUCUUCAGGGGUCUCCGAGUCGUCUUAGUGAUCCUCAGAUAAUGACAACUCCGGAUAAAGGAGCGCAUCUUCGGUGGUGGAAAUAUCCGGUCUGCUUUCCAGGAGUUCCCCACUCAGCAUAAGUGCUCCCGAUACUGCGAAUUCUUCAAACUCACUCCGUUGAGCACGACAUUAUGAACAGCAUUAGUCAAUUUACGUAUCACAGCUUGUUGCUCAUUGAUUAACUGAACCCCGCUUCUUACUU